UUUCUUGUAAUUUACACUGUGGUAGAAUUUCUCUGUGUUUUGUUUGAAAUUUACACUGUGUUAGAAUUUGUGUGUUUUAACUAUAUGUCUGUAAGUUCAAAUUUUCUGUCACUGUUUUGUAUUGAGUUUUGCUUCUUCUAGCUAUAUAGCAUUAUUUUAUGUUUCUUUUUAACUGACUUUUGCUUCUGCUAGCUAUGUUACUGGAAUUAUAAUGUUCUAACUGGUUGAUAAUCAACUGCUUUCUGAGUGAUAAAAAAGAAAAUUGCUUCUUCAGCUGUGGAAAGAUUUUUCUUUCUCUCUCUAUUUAAAUUUUCCAUGUGGGUUUCUUGUAAUUUACACUGUGGUAGAAUUUCUCUGUGUUUUGUUUGAAAUUUACACUGUGGUAGAAUUUGUGUUUUUUAACUAUGUCUAUAAGUUCAAUUUUUCUGUCACUGUUUUGUAUUGGGUUUUGCUCCUUCUAGCUAUAUAGCAUUAUUUUAUGUUUCUUUUUAACUGAGUUUUGCUUCUGCUAGCUAUGUUACUGGAAUUAUAAUGUUCUAACUGGUUGAUAAUCAACUGCUUUCUGAGUGAUAAAAAAGAAAAUUGCUUAACUCAACUGUGGAAAGAUUUUUAUUUGAGUUCAUAUUAGACAUUUAAUAAAGUGGUAUCCUUUAUGUUGAAGCUAGUGCUAAGUUCCAGAGUAACCUUUUUUUUUGGACCAUGACCAAAAGACAUGAUGUUUUCGUCCUAUAGAUGGAGGAAAUUGAUGUUUUGCUAAAAGGGUAUCUAUUUGUAAGUAUGGUGUUGAAUGCAAUUUGUCAAGGUAGUACUAGUAAGGUCUCUCAUGGUGGUGAUUUUACAGUGAUUUCCAUUAUAAUUAUGAAUAUGGUUCAAUCACUGAAUAUGUUUUCCAUUUUUACUAUCAAUUAUGUCCAUCAAUUGAAUUUGAAGCCACACAGAUUUCUGUGCAAAACUUUGGCAUUUUUGGUCAAAUUGAAGAAAAGACUUAAGGUUGUGGAUUAAGAUGGUAUCAACUAUUACAUGGAUGUUUAUGAAUGGAAAAAUUAAUAGUGAUCAAACUAAUGGGAAAGGGGUGUGUACUUCAUUCACAUUUCAUAGAGGCACACAAAAUGGUGGGGUUCAAGUAAGGGGACUAUUAAUUCGACUCAAUCGAUGGAAGGCCAAGCCACUUGUGUAUUAGUCAUUUCAGAUAGUUUAAUCUAAUAUUAUGAAGUCUAAUUUCCUAAAUGCUUUUGCUUUGACGUUCAUUUUUUUUCUUACUUGAACAUUUUUGGAUGAGUCAAGUGUGUCUACACAUGCAAUCAGAUCAGUUGCGGAAAGCUAUAACUUGCUUUUCAGUUUGUCUCCAAAAGCAGAAAUGGAGCAUCAAGCUUUACAUGUUACCAUUCAGAGCCAUUGCUGGUCACCAUGUCUUGAAACCUUUUGCAUCAGUUGGCUCAUUAGAAGCAGAUUUGUCAAGCCAAGAAAAUCAUGCUCCUGGUACUUCAGUUCCAAACAACAUUCAAAGGUUUAAAAUGUCUUUUGACCAGACAAGUUAUCCCUUGGAUGACAUGAGUGAUUUUGAAAAACAAUUGCAAGAGUUAUUUGGUGAAGUCAAAAGAAUAAUUAUGAAGGGGAACAAAAGUGAUGCCAUAGACCUACUUAAAGCAAAUUAUGAAUCUGUGAAAGAACAGAUGAAUGCAGGUACGAAAGGCAUAGAAGAGGCUGCUCUUCUUGACAUCAUUGCCCUUGGUUAUAUGGCUGUUGGGGACUUAAAGUUCGUUGGUUCCCUACUUGCUAUGUUGACUGAGGUUGUUGAAAGUCUAAAGGACAAUGAACCAUUUCUGGAUUCUGUGCUUGUGCAUAUGGGAAGUAUGUAUUACUUGAGGAAGUUUGAGAAAUCAUUGCUUCUGUACCGGAGAUCUAUUGAAAUUCUGGAGAACAUAUACGGGAAAAAUAGCAUUUAUCUUAUCACACCAUUGUUGGGGAUGGCAAAAGUACUUGGAGCCAUUGGCAGAUCCACAAAAGAAGUAGAAACCUACCAUCGUGCAAUUGCUAUCUUGGAAUUGAACAAAGGUGCUGAAAGCGAGGAUUUGGUUGUAGCUUUAUUUGGUCUUGGAAAUAUUUUACUCAAAGAAGGAAGAACGACUAAUGUGGAAACUCAUUUUGUUAGAAUUUUAAACCUAUAUAAGAAGUUAUAUGGUGAAAAUGAUGGAAGAGUUGGAAUGGCAAUGUGUUCCUUGGCCCAUGUAGAGUGUGCAAAAGGAAACCCUGAUGAAGCCAUUCAAUUAUAUGAAAAUGCUCUUCAGGUUAUCAAGGAUUCAAAUCAUGUGGCUUUAGAUGACAGCAUAAUGGAGAAGAUGAGAAUAGAUUUGGCAGAGUCACUUUAUGUUGUUGGAAGGGGAAAAGAAGGCCGAAAAAUGUUAGAGGAAUGCUUGUUGAUCACUGAGAAGUAUAAAGGAAAAGAGCAUCCCAGCUCAGUGACACACCUGCUGAAUCUUGCAACGUCCUAUUCACGCUCAAAGAAUAUUGUGGAAGCUGAACGCUUGCUCAGGACUAGUUUAGAAAUCAUGAGGAAGACAGUGGGGCCUGAUGAUCAAUCCAUCACCUUCCCUAUGUUGCAUCUUGCAGUUACUCUGUACAAUCUAAAACGGGAUGAAGAAGCUGAGCAACUUGCGCUGGAGGUUUUGCACAUCCGUGAAAAGGCAUUUGGAAAAGAUUCUCUACCUGUUGGGGAGGCUCUGGACUGUUUGGUGUCCAUUCAGACUAGAUUAGGGAAGGAUGAUGGUGAGUUGUUGGAGCUACUCAAGAGAAUUGUGAGUAUCCAAGAGAGAGAAUUUGGCUAUGAGAGUAAAGAGGUCAUGGAAACCCUGAAAAAAAUUGUAUACUACUUGGACAAACUGGUUAGGAAGAACGAAAAGUUUCCACUGCCAAAAAGAUUGUCCAUACUUAGAAUGAAAUAUAAACAAAGGAUUCAAUAUUAAUGGCAUAUCAUCUUUGUAUAUUUUAAGUCUCUAAUUUUUUCUCCCUGUUGAUAGCAAAAUGUAUCUAUUUAACCAUAUCAUAAACGUACUUCAUCUU